CUUGCUCUUUCAAUGUUCCUCACACUUGAGUGUUCUUCAGAAAGCACAUAUGAAAAGAUUCAGAAGGCUGUUGAGAAGUGUUUCCCAGAUGCCAGGAUUCUGUCCUUUCAUCAAUCAAAGCAUAUCCUCACCAAUCUCAGUGGAGUCACAUCAGUGGUCAACCACAUGUGCAUUAACUCUUGUGCAGCAUUCAUGGGACCUCUCUCUGAUCUCAAGGCCUUGCCCAGAGUGUGCAGAGCCACACUAUGA